CUCGAAUAAGAUAGCUUAAAUGAAGAGGUCUCUGUUUUCAGAAUAAUAUUAUGAGCUUACCAGAGACUGGUUCUCCUUACAAAAUCAUCACUAAUAUAUGAUUGCAAAAUAAUCAUGGCUACGGAAAGACUAAGUUCGAUCCUAAACCACCUCAGCCCUGCCAAAUCUGGGCUGGCUGCCCUCUCUCAGAAGAACCCAGACGAUGUAGUCAUCACCCUGGCGAUACGAACGCCUCUAUGCAAAGCCUUCAAGGGCGGUCUCAAAGACACAUCUCUCGACGCAUUGCUCUGCAAACUUCUCAAAGCCGUAAAUGAAAAGUCGGGCUUGGAUCCACAAUUGAUCGAGGACAUUUGUUUGGGAAAUGUCAACGAUGGUAAAGCAGCAUAUUAUGUCCGCGCAGCUGCACUAGCAGCCGGAUUUCCAAAUACAACCGGAGCUUCUACGGCGAAUAGAUUCUGCUCCUCUGGACUAAAAGCUGUUCAAGAUAUUGCCAAUCAGAUUAGUGCUGGGAACAUCGAAUGUGGUCUUGCAAUGGGGGCAGAAAUCAUGUCGGCUAGCGGAGAGCGGCUCAGUUCCUUUGACGCUGAAGUCAUGGAGAAGCCAGAGGCUGCUGACUGCUUGCAGCCAAUGGGUCAGACAUCGGAGAAUGUGGGCAAGGAUUUUGAUAUUCUAAGGGAAACGCAAGAUCGAUAUGCGGCGGAAUCCUAUCAUCGAGCAGAGCGUGCACAAAAGGAAGGCUGGUUCGAUGAUGAAAUUACCCCCAUCACUACCACGGUCAAGGAUCCGAAAUCCGGCGAGCAGAAGACAGUCACUCUCACUAAAGAUGAAGGACCGCGAUGGGGCACCACUUUUGAGAGUUUGAACAAGCUUCGGCCAGCUUUUUCGGCUUUUGGUGACAAAAGUACGGCUGGAAAUAGUAGUCAAAUGACCGAUGGAGCCGCGGCAAUACUUCUCAUGAAGCGGUCUAAAGCCGAAGCUCUUCACCUGCCAAUCUUGGCCAAAUACUGCGGUGCUACUGUUGCGGGUGUCGCGCCUCGUAUCAUGGGCAUUGGACCAUCCAUUGCUAUCCCUAAACUUCUUGGAAAGCUCCAAUUGAGUCUCUCAGAUAUCGACAUAAUUGAACUUAAUGAAGCCUUUGCUUCAAUGGCAGUAUAUUGUUUGGAUGUCUUGGGCCUUGAUCACGCCAAGGUGAAUCCCCGCGGCGGCGCUAUUGCUUUGGGGCAUCCGCUCGGCUGCACUGGUGCCAGGCAGAUCUGCACGGGACUGAGCGAAUUACGGAGAACUCAUAAGAAGGUCUUAUUAACGAGUAUGUGUGUCGGUACAGGUAUGGGAAUGGCGGGUCUCUUCAUCAAUGAACAAUUAUAGUACCCCUUUGUCAUAUUUCUCUGUUGGUGGGGGAAACGCUUGGUAAAUUCACAAUCAAUGGCCUAUCUUCCAGUUGUCAAACUCAUAAGAGCUC